UUUCCAUUCCACGACUUCUUCAAAUGGUUAUCACCCAUUCCGUAAAAAACCAAUCGAGGGAUGGAUAUCAAGAAGCCGGAGAAGAAGGAAAGCUAAGCCAAGAAUGCAAGGAACUUCUUCUUUCUCUUCCCAAAGAGAAAGGGUGGCGAACCUCUCAUCUCUACAAAUACCAAGGCUUUUGGUGCCAGUCAAGGGAGAUCGAAUCCACAAUCUCUUUCCAAAGGCACUUCCAAGCAAGAGACACUGAUGUAGUAUUAGCCACCGUACCAAAAUCAGGCACCACAUGGUUGAAAGCCUUGGCUUUUGCCAUCGCGAGUCGCGAGCGUUUUCCAAUCUUCUCAAACAACCAUCCUUUGCUUAAAUUCAACCCCCACGAUCUUGUACCUUUCUUUGAAUACAAGAUCUAUGCAAAUGACCAGCUUCCUGACCUCUCCAACCUUCCACAGCCUAGACUUUUUGGCACUCAUAUUCCUUUUGCUUCCUUACCUAGCUCCAUCAAGAAAUCUAGCUGUCGGCUGGUUUAUAUCUGCAGGAACCCAUUUGACACUUUCAUCUCCUCGUGGCAUUUCAUUAAUAAAAUCAAGCCACCAUCUCAAGCCCCAAUGCCACUAGAAGAAGCCUUUGAAAUGUACUGCAAGGGGGUUAUUGGGUUUGGUCCCUUUUGGGAACACAUGUUGGGUUACUGGAAAGAGAGCAGAGACAGGCCCCAAAAGGUAUUGUUCUUGAAGUACGAGGACAUGAAAAAAGACAUCACUUUCCAGUUGAAAAAAUUAGCAGAGUUCUUGGGGUUCCCGUUUUCUGUGGAGGAGGAGAGAGGUGGGGUUAUUGAAAAGAUUGCAAAGCUGUGUAGUUUUGAGAAUAUGAAGGAUUUGGAGGUAAACAAAUCUGGGACGUCGAUAAAGAACUUCGAAAACAAGAACUUGUUCAGGAAGGGAGAGGUCGGAGAUUGGAUAAACUACCUGUCGCCUAGGCAGGUGGAGCAACUGACCAAAGUCAUGGAAGAGAAGUUAGGUGCCUCUGGUUUGUCGUUUGAAGUGUUCUCUAAUUAAUUACUACUACUACUACAAGCAUUAAUAUUACAAUAUGCAUCAUCAUGUGGUCUCAGCUAGCUCGAACAAUAUUUAAUAUUGUAAUUUG